AUGGCGUCCUCGAGGGCCGCGUCCGCGGGGUCCGCGCUGAACAUGGGCGACGUGGCGGCGCCGGACAUGGAGGUCUGCCCCGGCGAGGUGCUCGGCGACCUCACCGACGCGCAGCUGAAGGUCAAGGUCGGGGACAAGUGGUGGGAGCGCUACUACUCGGUGCUCCAGCCCCACGAGACGAUCGAGGAUGCGGACAGGUGGAAGGGCGUGGACGGCAGUCGCCGCUGGAGGGAGUGCUUGCGCCUGUACGCCUACUCGGAGCGGAGGACCCUGCCGUACUACAUCGAGGGGAAGCCGAACGAGAGGGCUCUUUUCCGCAACCGCCACAACGCUCGGAAGUCUGACAACACGGUCAAAAAAUACGCGCAGGGCGUGCUCGAGUUCGGGUGCAACUGGCUUGGUCGGGGGGCUGCGAUCGCAGUUCAAGAGGACGACGGCAAGUUCUCCCUCCUCGCCGGCGGCACGUUGGUCGAGGCGGUGUACCUCGGGAAGGAGACCCAACCCAAUAACGAGUACAUCCAAGAGGCCAUGCAGACUGGCGUGCCAGGAGCAGUGGUGUUCCGCAAGAUCACGCCGCCAGACGGGUGUGAGUGGAUCAAGAACAACCACAACUUCUACAACACAAUCGCCGGCUGCGCAACUACUUGGCUCGAGCUUCUCGAGAAGAUCGAUGACGCGGAGUCGAGCUGGAGGGAGAAGUGCCGCAAGGAAGGCAUCAGCACGGACUCAUGCCCGAAAUCUGGGCCGUUUCGGUACGAGAAGAUGUACGAGGCGCAUAUUAUGAAAAAGUUCAAGGGCUACUUUAAUGGGUGGGACCACUACCAGGCUUGCAAGGGCACCCACAACAAAGCAAAGGCCAUGGGCAUCUACUCCGAGUGGAAGGAGUGGGCGGAGAGGAAGGCUAACUUCUUGGACCAGAGCUGCAAGCCCCACAUCAUGGCCGAGGUUCAGAACUUCUGCUUGGUGGUUGUGGAACACUUCUCCGAUAAUGGCUUGGCGCCCGAAUGGCUCUUGAAGGAGGUGGCCCUCAUGUUGCUUAAGUUCAGCACCCCCCUGGUCGAGGACUGCAGCGAUGCUGAUUGGGCCAACUACGGCGGCGUCAUCAACCCUGGCGUGUUCGCGAGGGCCAAGAGGCAGCUCAGUGUCUUGAGAUGCCCAAUUGGGAAGAGCGCUGCCUACGUGAAGGGUAUGGAAGCCAACGCGGCCGCCGCCGCCAAGCGCAAGAGAGAGGAGGAGAAACAGCACGCCGAGAAGAAGGGCGAGGAGCCCGAUGCGAAGAAGGUGAAGGGCACGGGCAGGGGUCGCGCCACGAAGCCGCAGAAAAAGGACCCCAAGAAGGUGGAAGAGGAGUUUAAGGGCACCAUCACCGUCGCCGGCGUCGAUCGCGAGAUGCUGUGGCUCGAUGACCUGUUCCAAGCGGCCCUGGCGCCCUUGCGGCCGCUGAGGGAGUCCCAGAUCAACAAGCCCCAGGUGAUCAUCAUUGUCCUUGACGGGGUCAAGUUCGCGCUGCUGUCCACCAUCACCUUGAGCGGCAAGGAGCUCAA